CAUUUCACUACCAAAACAUUCGCGUUUCGGUGCUGAUAAAAGAGAAACACAAUAUAUACGAUUUUUAAAAGUUACAUUUUAGUUUUUCUUAAAUCUAUAAAAAUCUUUUUUUUUUGUUGUUGAUUUUUUGUGUGCAAGAGUGCAAAAGUGUUAGUGUCUGUGAAAAGAGUGCCGGCUUGAAAAAUGCGCGCCAAAAAUUGAGAAAUAUUCACAGAGCGCAGUGGCAAAAAAAACUAAUCAAACUACAAUUUCAAAACGACCCAAGGAGAUAAACAUAAAUAAAUAAUCUGAAGUGCAUAGUUGGGGGAUACGGCGAUAUUUAUGUGGAAAUCUAAGGACAGGCAAAUUGAAAAAUAAAUGGCGCAUGAUUAACCAACGGUCUUUUGCUCGUCGGGAUUUUUGCGUUACGUGUAAAGGACUCUUGCUGCGAGCGGCGAGUGAGAAAGAGAGAGGAAGCCAGCGGGCCAGAGGGAGACGGAGACAAUAAGACUGAAGCUGGCAAACCUCACACAAAAUGCGAAGAAGAAGAAGCAGUGGCGGGGCACAACAACCACAGCAGCGGCCACACGAACAGCAACAGCAACAAAAUCAAAGGUUAAGCCACGGCCCACGCUGUUCGCUGCUAAUGCUGCUAAUUGUUGGGCAAGCAGUUUACGCUUCUGCCGCCAGUGAGCUAAUCGCAAAUCGCUCGACGCCCACGGACGAAUCGGUGGCAAAGCCCCAUCCCCCCGGCGACCUUCCAUCGAAUUCGACCCCUGCCACGCCCCCCAAAUUCACCAGCCCCUUUCGGGAGGCGGAUGUCGCGGAGGGGGAGGCGGAGGUCGACUGGGGGGCGAGGCAGCAUCCGCUGACCAUUUCCCGGCCGCCGAGAGCGGGACGCAGCGAGCGGCAGGCGGAGGAGGAUCAGGUGGACCGCUGCCGGCUGUUCGUCGAGGGGGAUCCCACCAAGAACGAGCUCUACAGCCCCGAGUAUCCCAACCUCUAUCCGAAGAACAUCAACUGCACCAGGGUGAUAACAGCGCCAAAGGGACAAAUCAUACGCCUGGACUUUCGCAACUCGUUUAAUAUCGAGGCCAAGGAGGAGUGCAAAUUUGAUUUUCUAGAAAUACGGGAUGGGCAGUACGGCUUCUCCACGCUGAUCGGCAAGUUCUGCGGCACCGACUUCCCGCCAGAGAUCACCUCCAAGGAGCGCUACCUGUGGCUGCACUUCCACUCCGACGAGACCAUCGAGUAUACCGGGUUCAGUGCCGUCUAUGAGUAUCUGGACAGGAACCGGGAGGCCCCGAGCACCGAUCUCAACUGCACCAUCGAGAAGGGCGGCUUUGAGGGGUUCAUCAACUCCACGGACGUGCCGGCGGAGAUCCGGGAGCAGGUCAACCACAACAAGAUCGCCCUCGACUGCAUCUGGCGCAUCCAGGUCAAGGAGAACUGGAAGAUAUUCCUCAAGUUUCUGGACUUCAAGCUGAGCAAACCGAACGAUUGCGAUACCAACUUCCUGGAUAUAUUUCCCGAGCAGACGGUGAUGCCACUCAGGGUUAAGAACUUUUGCGGUUCGGCUGGCGAGAGUAUUACGGCUGACUCGAACAUCCUGCACUUGCGCUUCUACGCAGAUCAAAUCGCGAUUAACUCGACAUUCGGCAUCCUAUUCACGGCGUUCCGGGACCGAGGAGCUGCCUGCACCGAGGACGAGUACGAUUGCGAGGACGCGACCUGCAUAUCAAAGGAUUUGAAAUGUAAUAGCCAGGACAAUUGUAAAUUUCGAUGGGACGAGGAGGGCUGUACGGGCGAGGCGGCUGGCCAAUCGGAGCAUGUGGUCAUCAUUGUGAUUGUGUUUGGCCUGAUACUCGGCGGAAUGGUCAUUACGUUCAUCGUCAAUUGCAUACGCAAGAUAAUACGUGAUCAGAAGAUAAUACGCGAGCACAUCCGGGAGUCAAAGGAGAGCAAGCUGGACGAGAUGGGCCGCAAUUCCAAGGGUCGUUCACGGGAGAACAUUUCCAGGCAAAAGCACUCGCAGACCUCGCUGCAGAUCCUGGACGACGUGUCGAACCGAUAUUACCGCGAGGCCGUGCCCCUGUCGACGCAGUCGAGCAAGGCGGACUUCAAGGAGAAGGAGCACAGCAUCCUGCGCCGGCACGCGGACAUGACCCAAACGAGUCUCUGCGGCAUCGAGGAUGAUGGCGAGUCCAGCUCGACGACCACCGCCACCCAUGAGCUGAUGACAAAGGCGUCCAUGUCGGCGGUGCCCUCCAAUGCCUGCGAUAUGGGCUGCCAGACGAGGGAAUCGCUGUUUGUCAACAGUCCCGGAAUUGGACCGUCGGCGGGUGCGGCCGUUGGUGUUGCCGUUGGCAUUGGUAUUGCUGUUGCUCCCGGCGGCGGUGUUGCCACGCUAAUGAGACAAAAGUCCAGCUCCUCCUCGCUGGGCGGGAAUAGCGGCUCUGGGGUCGGGGUCGGUGCCAUGAUGAUGCCGCCCCCGCCGCCGCGCUUCUUUUCCACCUUCGGCUAUGAGCCGUCGGGAUCGCCGGCGGUGGCAACGCUGACACGUCGCAGCAUGCACCAGCAGCAGCAGCAACAUCAGCAGCAGCAGCAACACCACCAGCUGCCGCGCCAGGAGUCCAUGGAGAUGGAGGAGCGACACAGCGGCCGCUCGCACUACGGCGGACUGCUGGUGGCCUCGACGGUCAAGCAGCCGCAGGAGAUCUGUCACCAUCAUCACCAGCAUCAGCAGCAGCAGCAGCAGCAGCAGCAGCAGCAUGCACAGCAGCAACAUGCACAGCAGCAGCAACUUGCACAGCAGCAACAGCAACAGCAACAGCAGCAGCGACUGCAUCAUGCACAUCCCCAUCCACAUCCGCCGAGCAUUGCUGCCCGUCUGCCCACGAUGAAGGGACACGGAGCCAUGGGACAGACAACGAUCCUGCCCGGCAGCAACAAGCAGCAGCAGCAGCAGCAGCAUCAACAUCAGCAGCAUCAGCAGCAGCAACAGCAGAAGAACGAGGAGUCCAAAGUGUUUAUCGACAUACGGAAUUCAGCACCAGACGUGAUUAUCAUGACGUCCCAUUGACAUUUAAGGAUGGCCCGCCAAUCAGCAACAACAACGGUAGAGAGCAGGAGCAUCAGCAGCAGCAACAGCAACAGCAGCAACAUCAGCAACAGCAGCAACAUCGGCGGAAAGAGGAUGCGUUGCAGCAACUGGACAUCGGCCAACAUAUUAACCGCAGCCGCAGCGUCGCUGAUGACACAACAAGGACACGAAGGAGGCGCGUUGCAAUCAGCCAGUGGGCCAGUGGGUGGUGCUGGUGCUUUCUUCUUUCACCCACCCAUUUCGCCACUCGCAACAUGCCAACCCACCCACCGCCGCCCACAUCCGGUUUGCAUUCCGUUGCACUCGUUUCGCGCUUUCCUUUUCCCGCUUUUAAAGUAAGGUGUACGCGGUCUUUUAAAUUGCUGCAGUCAAAAGUUUUCGUAAUGAAGACGCCAAACUUGUUCUGUAACCAUUGUUUUUAAAAAGUUCUUUAACUGACUUUUAAGUAUUUUAUUUCUUGCGAUUUGGUAAAGCCAAUUAAGGAGCUUGAAGCGAAGGAUAAGGCAUAUAUAUACAUACAACUGCGUUUAAGUUAAUAAUAUUAUUUUAGCACAAAUCUCCCUGUCAUUAAUCUUCCGGGUUAUUACAAAGAGUUUUUUAAGUGUACAUAAU